GCACAACCCACGCUUCGAGACUGGUAGCUAAUGCAUAAUUAAAAUUACGCAGUAGCAGGAGUCAUUCGGAUUAAAACACAGUGAAUGAUGACUUAGAUAACAAUUUAUCAUAUCAAUCGAUCAGCGAACAGAAGUCCUGCUGACGUAGAACCAGUGAAGCAUGUCGAGUACGAUGCAGAUCGUUGACAAGCUGCUGCUCCGAGAGAUGAAACUCGAGAAGAUCCAGCGACAGAUCCGUGACGUCGAGUUACAGAUGAACGAACGCGCGCAUCUUCUCGACCGACUCGACUACCUCAACGAGGUCGAGAAGGAACGCACUCACAGAAUUGUGGAAAGGGUUGCCAGAGGCCGAUCGAAUUUUAAAAUCAACCAGGAAAUGGACAGACUGAAGAUUGAUGAAGCCAGAUCAUACAGUGCGAGUCCUCUGCCACCUGCAAUGAUGACUCAUCUUCUGUCUCACCGCACAAAAGAGUUCUCAAAAACACAGCAAGAUACAGCCAAUCAGAUCAGAUACCUUGCCGUUGAGCGUCAGAGGCUGCAGGACGCGCGUGAACGACUGCGAGAGAAGCGCUACAACCUGCUGUACGCCCCAUCGCCCGUCGAUAGUGAAUUUGGAGAAGUAACUCUUCCAGUAACUCCAGGGGAAUCCAGUUUCCGCUCAGUUCGCUCCCCUGAUUCGUAUGUCAAGCAGCAGGUGGCGGACAUGCCGUACGCAAUUCAUCGCAUUUGGAAGCUAAGAGAAGACGUUAAUCGUGACUACCACACCAAGUUGAAGCCGUACAAUGGAGAACUGGGUUUGGAAUCAUACGCCAACUCGCAGCUUGGUGACUAUGUUAUUGUUCGAAAGCUGGUUGAAGACUUUGUGGAUGAUUUCCUUCUCCGUUGCAUAGAGCCGGGCAUUCACCAUUAUGAGCGAGACAUGCAAAGUGCAAUAUUGAAGGCUAAUGAUGAAGAUUGGGAAACGGCAGGUGAAGCUCUGGCAGAAAGAAGGGCAGUAACUCUAGUUGCUGAAGAGCUCUUGCUUGAACAAACCCAUGUUCUCACCAGGGAGGUGGUGAAAGAGGUGUUUCACAUACAUGGAACGUUCCACAACCUCACGGAUGAGGUUUUUAUCAAGACAACAGAGGAGAUAAGUACUGGAAAAGAGGGUGGACGACGUUCGAAUGACCCGGCGUUCAAUUUGAUAACGAAAGCUUACUUCGCUCUGCAGGACAAUCGCAACAAACACAGGAAGGAGAUCUGGAAUCAUACUCAACACCUUCAUCUUAAGACUCGGGAGCCGACUCAACAACCAGAGGAUGAAAGGGAGAUAAUUGAUGCUGACGUUGAGAUGAUAAAUUUUGACCACAUCACGCCGUCAGACCUGAGAAAAUACGAUGUGGCCGCGCUGGAUCCACCAGAACUGAAACAGAGAAAGGAACGAGCCGACAGAUUUGUGAGGAGAGAACUGCAAUAUUGGAAGGGUAUGUCUGCUGAAGUAUUUCGACUGACGCUGGGGGUCAAGGUGAAAGGUAUCUCUGUGUCCAGUGUGUCCCCAGAUCACAGGUUUCUCGCAGUCGGGUCCGUACACGGUGAUAUUGUUGUAUAUGAUACAUUGAUGGAGCCAUGGCGACCAAUCAGAAUCAUUCAGAACACCAGUAGCUAUGACGACAGUGUGAUUGACAUUGCUUGGAGUUUGGAUAGCUCUCGACUUGUAUCAAUAAACAGAAAUGGCUCUCUCCAAGUGUGGUCAUUCGACGGUGGUACAGUCAACAAAUCGGACAUGCGAGCCCUCGACAUUCGCCCAGACUCGAAGGGUUACGUUCCUCAGCAGUUGGCGCGAAUUGUCGUCCUUGAUGUUGACCAGCAAGACUUCACGUUCCAGCAAGGUCAGUUUUCUGAGCAGGGUACCCUGGGAGGAAACUACGGACCAAUCAAAGCAGGUUUCUUCCCCAGCUUCACCUUCUUAGGAACACAGCAUUGUGUUUGUGUUGCCCUUGACAAUGGAGACAUGUUGAAAUGCAAUCUGGAGCCCCUGACUGCCCCCUCUGAAGAAACUGAUGCCGCUGUUGUCUAUUCUGAGGCACCGACGAUCUUCCAACACAACAUAUAUGAUGAGGCUCAUGGAGUGAAUCUGAUUGGUCAGAAUCUGGAGGCGGAGCUGUUCCGUCAGCACCAGAAUCCCAUCAUCCACAUCGGCUUCCUGGACAACGUCAACAGCAUCGUGACGGUCGACCAGAAGGGAUUCAUCAACAAGUGGACAUACGACACCACUUACCAGUCUGGGUUUGGUUGGUUUUAUCCACAUAAGAAACACCGACUCGACAUGGCUAAAACGAUGUACUCACCCUCCAGCACCGAGAAACCAAACAUUCUUUAUACUGACAAAGUAAAAUCCAAGAAAAAAACGCGACAAGAUUUUGCAAGAGAAAGAAAGAGAAUUCAGAAUACGCUGGAAAACAUGAGACUUGGAGACCCCUGGCACGAAGAAUUUCUAGAUGAUCAGGGCUUGGUGACGCGGGUAUACAUGCCGAGAGGUGGUGUCAGUGAGACGGGAGCCAUGUUUCACGUGGUGAUCCGAUACCAGGAAACCAACCAGGUUUCUACAUACCUCACUAGAAUGUACAAACCUGUCCUGGUGAAAUGUACGAAGAUGUUAAAAGUGCUACAGUCAUCAAGUGGCCGAGAGUUAAUCUUUCUUCUUCUUUUCCCCAAAUAUCCACCUAAAGAUGCACACAUGACCGUUCUGGUUCUUGAUCUGAUCACGAUGAAGUUGCGUGACGUUCGGAUGGACAUUUACCUCUCCGAGACAGAGUACAUACAACUGGAACAGCAGGAUAUUAUAUCAUGCGCUGUGACUCGAGUACUUGGCUGCACAGGUUCCGACUAUCUGUUUAUCUUGUUUAAUGGACGUUUACGCUGCGUCUCCCUGAUGACAGGAAAACUCGUUCUUCGAGCAGAAAAUGUCAAUAGGCCAUCUUAUUUUGGAGGUUGUGGUGUGGAUGAGAAACUCUUACCACUUCCAGCCAAUUCUGAAGUCUCCUCAGUUUGUAUCAAUGGCAAAAUGCAUGCUGUCAUGUACUCCAAGAAGACGACGACGCUGUACGUACUGCGAUUGGAGGAUGACAAUGACUACGAGACGAGGAGAAUGAUGUGGAAAGCGUUCUCAAUGUGGAAUACCGACAAGCCUCCAGCACCUACUGAGUUACGAACUGACCCAGUCCAGUACGACCUGACAGAUAUUCAACACAAAGACGUAGAAAUGCGCACCAUCUUCAUGGAAAUGGUGGACCGAGCGAUUGCGUCAUGUGCUGGGAUGGAUGUCACAGUUGACGUGAGAGCUUCGCAGCGCUUCCGGGACAAGGCACAGGGUUACUGCGACCUAGAAAAAAAGGUGAAUUCCAGGAAUUUGUUGGAGGGUCGAACACAGCAGAGAAACUUGACUUCACACCAGCCAACGUCAAAUAGAUAACUCCUUCCAUUUAACUGCUAUAUAAACAAGAUGUGAUAACUCAACUCAUUUAACUGCUGUAUAUAAUAUAUUUUCAACUAUUUUUUCUUGUAUAUAUACUAUAUAUACAAGAAAAAAUAGUUGAAAACCGUUGAUAGUUAAACUCCUUCCAUUUUUUCUGUUCCAUAAGCAAGAUGUGAUAGGCCAUCUUAUUCCAUUUAACUGCUAUAUAAACAAGAUGUGAUAGCUCAACUUGUUCCAUUACUGUUCUGUAUAUACAAGAUGUGAUAGUUCAACACCUUGAUAUUCAACUUCCAUUUUUCUGUUAUAUAAACACGAUGUGAUAGUUCAACUCAUUCCAUUUAACUGCUAUAUUAAACAAGCUGUGAUAGUUCAACUUCUUUGAUAGUUCAACUCGUUAUAUUUAAAUGUUCUAUUAACAAGAUGCGAUAGUUCAACUCAUUCCAUUUAACUGCUCUGUAAAGAAGAUGUGAUAGUUCAAAUCCUUAUAUUUAAAUGUUCUAUAAACAAGAUGUGAUAGUUCAACGCGUUCCCUUUAACUGCUCUAUUAAACAAGCUGUGAUUGCAACUCUUUUGAUCAAACUGCUCUAUUUACAGUUAACAUGUGACACAUGUUAGUAUGUUAGUUCAUACUCAGAAAAUUUAACUGCUUUGUAGGCAAGAUCAGGACUGGUGCUUGUAACACUUUUAGAGUUCAGACUCAAUCUCUAAUGACGUCACAUGCAUACAAUAUGUAUGGCAUUGUCAUGACAUUAGUGUCUGAGACUCUAAUAGAAAGAAAGAAAGAAAUGUUUUAUUUAAC